CAACUCCUCGAUAGCUAAACUUUACGUUCAGUGUUGGAAUCACUUGUGAGCUCUGCGGACGUACCGAAAACUUUGUUGUACUCGUAAAUUCUCAAUCAUGAAUAAUUUGCGCAGAAUUCCUCUGAGGCAGAUUUGCCAGAGGCUCGCCCAAAAUGGUCGGCUGUACAGCGAAGGAGCGGCCUUCGAGAAGAUUCCGCCCCUAACCCACCUCACUGACGACGAGCAGAUGAUGAAGGACACAGUGGCCAAGUUUUCGCAGGAGAAAAUCCUGCCGCACGUGAAGAAGAUGGACGAGAACAAUCUGUUCGAGCAGUCCAUCAUUGACGAGCUGUUCGCACAGGGUCUGAUGGGCAUCGAGAUCCCGGUGGAAUUGGGCGGCAGUGGCUGCAAUUUCAUGACCAACAUCAUCGUGGUGGAGGAGCUGUCGAAGGUGGAUCCCGCCGUGGCGGCGUACGUGGACAUCCACAACACGUUGGUCAACUCGCUGUUGAUGAAGGUGGGCAGCAAGGCGCAGAAGGAGAAGUAUCUGCCGCUCCUGGCGCAGAAGUGUGCCGGCAGCUUCGCCCUCACGGAGCCCACAUCAGGCUCAGACGCUUUCUCACUCAAGACAACGGCCAAGAAGGAGGGCUCGCACUACAUUAUCAACGGCACCAAGAUGUGGAUCUCCAACUCUGACGUGGCAGGAGUUUUUCUGGUCUUUGCCAACGCCAACCCAUCGGCUGGAUACAAGGGAAUCACUACGUUCAUCGUCGAUGGCGAUUCACCUGGACUAGUGGUGGCCAAGAAGGAGAACAAGUUGGGUAUCCGCGCGUCAGGAACGUGCGUGCUCAACUUCGAUAACGUCAAGGUGCCCGAGGAGAAUCUGCUGGGCGAGUUUGGCAAGGGUUAUCAAUAUGCCGCGGGCUUCCUCAAUGAGGGUCGCAUCGCGAUCGGCGCUCAAAUGGUUGGCUUGGCGCAGGGCUGCGUGGACGCCACGAUUCCGUAUUUGCUGGAACGGAAGCAGUUCGGCCAGGACAUCUACUCCUUCCAGAGCAUGCAGCAUCAGAUUGCACGUGUCCUCACGGAGAUCGAGUGCGCGAGAUUGCUGACGUACAACGCGGCGAGACUGCAAGAGGCGGGCAAACCUUUCACCAAGGAGGCCGCCAUGGCCAAGUAUUACAGCAGCGAGAUCGCCCAGACAGCCACGAUCAAGUGCAUCGACUGGAUGGGCGGCGUGGGCUUCACCAAGGACUUCCCGCAGGAGAAGUUCUACCGCGACGUGAAGAUCGGCGCCAUUUACGAGGGCACCACCAACAUGCAGCUCAGCACAAUCGCCAAGUACAUCCGCAAGGAGUACGGCGGAUAAGCUGACCCUUAUCCUUCCACCACAAGUGAUAUUUAAUGUCUAAAGCUCGCAUGCCAUCCUGCAUUUAUUUUGCUAUAAAGAUGAUUUUCAACACUAA